AUGUGCCUGACCGCGGGGAACGAAUCGAAAAGGCGGUACGAAGAUAUCUCGCGACCCUCCAGGCCUGUGGCCCCGGUCUACAAAGCUGACAGGUACGAAAACCCCAGAAGGGCGCCUGUGGUUCCCCCUAAUCCACGGGCGAGAAAGAUGAGCGAAAAGCAGGUGAAGGAAGCACUCCGCGACGCAGAGAAGAUUGCAUCAAACAGGAGGGAUAAGCUCUUCGCUACAAUAGCCCCUCUGAUUAUCAAGAAGGAUACUCCGCCGCCGCCUCAGAAGCAUCAGCGCGCCGUGAAGCCAGCGGAGCUCGGCAAUACCGUCUCGAUCCGGAGGACUCAUAACCCACCAGCGGUGGACGAGAGGAACAUUCACCCGGCACUUCGGAGCUCUGGGAAGGUUUUUGGCCAGGAUGAUAUCCAACCAGCAUCCAGGACCGCUUUCAAGCCCAGAGAUCUGCGCCGUCCCCAGCCUGGACCGCAGACUUCUACCAGGCAAGUUGAGCAGUCUCGCGUACACUCAUCUCUGAAGACUACUGAGGCCCUGGAGCUUCGGACUUCGCUCCACCCAGCUUUCAGAAAUUUGCCGGAUGACGAAGCCCACCCUCGCCACCACGUGUCAGGUUCGAGAAAGCACGCCGUCGAGAGGGAGGUGCAUACCUAUCUUGGGAAGCCUCAUAAUUACGCCGACUCGCCCCGGGAAGCCGAGGUCUCGCCGCUCAACGUAACACACAAGCUCCCCUAUGCGGCCUCACACAGAAGAAGGUAA